CUCAGAAAGUCCAGGGACUUCUAAGAUCUUUGUGGUUGUGUGUGGACUGUUGUGUCAGGGCUGAAACACAUCCAUCUCCCAUGAGCCUGUUUGCCCACACGCACACACACGGCGCCUCGACGCACGCACUCGGCGCCCACGCACACACUGACGCCGUGAAGGCCGAUCCCAGGCGAGCGAAGCGGAGCAGGUUCUAGCCCACUUGGAGCCUGAGGAUGUCAACAGAGUCAGAGCUGCAGCCAGCGCUCAGGCCCAGCAGCGUCAGACGAGACUCCAAGAGGAAAGGGCAGGAUCGCAGUGAGGCGGCUCUCAUAAGGCGCUUUAAGGGCGAUGGCGUACGCUACAAGGCCAAACUCAUCGGACUGGACGAGGUCACUGCUGCCCGCGGAGACAAACUCUGCCAGGACUCCAUGAUGAAGCUGAAG